AUGAUGCGCCCACGGCCUGCGGAUUCCUUGCAGAAGACGUACGACGAGUGCUAUCUCGCGUGCUCCACCGCGGUGUACUUUGAGGGCCAGAACAACGAAGACGAAGCAUUACGGUCCUGGAGAACCGCCCUCGAGACUGUCUACCAUCACAAUGCCCGUCGAGUACCGCCGAACUAUACCCCGAAAUCUGAAACCGAGAGAGCCCUGCAGGACUCCAUCCGGGCGCUUGAGGUGCAAUGCCGGGAACGAGUCGAUCUACUAGGUGCUCUACAAGCCAGCAGGAGAGAAUCUGCAGAUGGUAGUAAAGAGAAUGGUCCCCAUGUGAAGGGCAAGUUAGCUAUCAUGCCGCCGCCAUCGACUUCCAACACCCCUGGCUGGAUUGGAGAUGGAACAAUCCCUGCUGUGGGAUACACCGACCUUUCCAAACCAGCCGCCAUUCCCGGUCGCCCUGUGCUGCCGAGGAAACCAAGCCAUGAGCCACCGCCAGCUUACGACGAUGCUGGUCCAGCGACCCUUUCGGCAGCUGGUACGCCUGCACUGCGUGUGAACUCAAACUCUUCGGGCAAAUCGAAGUCGCGUGGCUCCAGUCCCGAGCACCGGAAACCCAUGUUGACAACACUUCGUAGCAGCGACGGCAAGAAGCACAGUAAGAAAGUCAAGGUCACAUCAAAGAAGAAGGACUUGAGGCCUGCUGCUUCCACAGCUGCAGGCCUAGCAUGGGGUAGCAUCUAUCGCUCUACAUCGGGUAAGAAGCCUGUGAGCGAUGCGGCUCUAGUCUCAUCCCGGCAAAGCGCCGCCCACGAUCCCAGUUUCCACCGAGAGUUAGACCCGAAAUCUAGUUCGGGAGACGAGCCUCCGCAGCCGAGAAUUCGCCUCUCCCGAGACCAUCUAUCCGCGGACCACAUCCCUGCUGCCCAUUGGCGCGAGCCUCCUAGUUCAUCUCCGAGGAGAUCGUCUCCCAGACUACCUCCUCAGUCGCCUAGUCAGCUGCCGCCGCCGCGGGGUCCUCGACCUCAACCUGGCAGCCCUAAAACACAACAUCCUCCGCAUUCAAUGACCAUGCCAAACCCGGCUGACUUUGCCUUUGCACCACCUAAACCAUCCAUCAAACCCAAGCCUGUGGCAUUGCGAUCUUCCCGUCAACCGACAAGCGAUCCAAUACAAGCCAGCAAGUCGGAGAAUCCUUCUCGGAGUAUGACGCCUAGGCCCGACCGUGAAGCACAUUCCUCCCACGAUAAGCCACGGACAAAAUCUGCACCCAGACCUCCCAAAGCUAGCGAAACAUCCCGCGCUUCUCCAUCAUCCCCUAGCGGUGAUGAUCUCCAUCACGGUGUCGACCGGCUGGCUAUCUCUCAAGGGCAUAGUCAUAGUACAAUACGGCGAAAAGCCCCACCAGUCAAAAAAGAACAGACACCACUGUCAAGCGACCAGGAGUCUUCAGAGCAUCGGAACACAGCAAGCGAUGCAGAGGAUGAGGAUGAGGAAGAUGACAGUGAAAUCUUAAAAAUCAUGGAAAAGCUGCCUAGGGGCGUGGAUCCCCAGUCAGCAAAGCAAAUCCUGAACGACAUUGUAGUACGCGGGGACGAAGUACACUGGGAGGACAUAGCAGGCUUAGAAGGAGCCAAAAAGGCGCUCAAAGAAGCAGUCGUCUACCCAUUCCUCCGUCCGGACCUCUUCUCUGGUCUCCGCGAACCAGCUCGCGGAAUGCUCCUUUUCGGGCCCCCGGGCACCGGCAAAACCAUGCUCGCACGAGCAGUAGCCACAGAAUCCAAGUCAACCUUCUUCUCCAUCUCCGCCUCAAGUCUAACAUCCAAAUGGCACGGCGAAAGCGAGAAGCUCGUGCGCGCCCUCUUCGGGCUCGCCAAAGCCCUUGCUCCAUCCAUCAUCUUCGUCGACGAGAUCGACUCCCUCCUCUCAGCCCGAUCAUCUGGCUCAGAACACGAGGCCUCCCGCCGCUCCAAGACCGAAUUCCUGGUUCAGUGGUCCGACCUCCAGCGCGCAGCUGCAGGCCGCGAACAAACAAGCCGCGAGAAGAAGGAAGGCGAUGCUAGUCGUGUCCUCGUCUUAGCCGCUACCAAUAUGCCCUGGGACAUCGACGAGGCUGCACGACGCCGCUUCGUCCGUCGUCAGUAUAUCCCCUUGCCCGAACAUCAUGUCCGCGAGCAGCAGCUACGCAGGCUUAUCAGUCACCAGCACCACGAGCUGAGCGACGCGGAUAUCCAGGUCCUGGUACAGGUGACAGAAGGCUUCUCCGGCUCAGAUAUAACAGCUCUCGCCAAAGAUGCAGCCAUGGGUCCCCUACGUAAUCUGGGCGAGGCCCUCUUACACACACCUAUGGACCAGAUCCGCCCUAUUAAAUUCGAAGACUUCGAGGCAAGUCUGUAUUCUAUUCGGCCUAGUGUGUCCCACGACGGACUCCGAAAAUAUGAAGAUUGGGCAAAAGAAUUUGGCGAGCGAGGUGGAUAG